CCUGUUAAUGAGAUUUCUAGUCAAGAUGGGAACCGUAAGGCUGAGUUAGUGAAGAAAAUCCACGAAGAAGCACGCGAGCACAUUGUGAGAAGGAAUGACCAAGUUGCGAACCGAGCUAAUAAGGGGCGAAAGCACCUUACCUUUCAGCAAGGAGAUUGGGUUUGGGUUCAUUUUCGAAAGGAAAGAUUUCCCAAUCAGCGGAGUUCAAAACUUAAGCCACGAGGAGAUGGACCUUUCCAAGUGCUGGAAAAGAUUAACGAUAAUGCCUAUAAGAUCGACCUUCCAAGUGAGUAUCAAGUUAGUUCGACAUUUAAUGUUUCUGACCUAUCUCCGUUUGAUGUAGGUUCAGAUUCGAGGACGAAUCAUUUUCAAGAGGGGGAGGAUGAUACGAUCCAUCCAAUUACGCGAGGUAGUGCCGAGCUGGAUGAAGGAGUUGAUGACUUGGACGAGCUGCAUGUGCCAAGAGGACCGAUUACCCGAGCUCGGGCCAAGCGCAUUGAAGCAGCCAUGCUUAACUUAGUAGAACACGAGCUCCAAAAGGAAGAAUUGACGAAGUCUAGUUCGAUCCCAGCUGAGCUUAAUUGGAGCGAAUUAUCGGGCCAAAUUGUGAAGCAAGCCGAGCUCAAGGACUUGAGCCCGUCUAGUCAUCCAGCCGAAGAAGACGUGACUUGGAAAAGAUGAUUAUUAUUAAUUUUCGUAUUUCAUUAUUGGACAAUUUAUUUCUUGUUAUUUAGAGUCCGAUUUGGAUUAGAUUUAGUUUAUUUCGUUAUUUCCUUAUAAUAGAUAAGUUAGGAUUUAUUUUCCUUGUUAGAUUAGGUCUCUUUGACACUUAUAAAUAGGUUGUUUUAGGUCAUUAU